AUGACAGUUUCUCGUUUACCUACAAUUAGGUCCAUAAUAAUUAACUCAGCUUCAGUUAUUAUUCUAAGUUGGGGUUUGUGGACAUGUACAUCCAUCAUUUUACCACAGUCGUUAGCUAGUGCAGGGCACAAACAAUUUCUAACAAAUAUAUCCGUCGUUGCUUCAUUAUUGAGCAAUUAUAGUAAUAUAUUUAACUUUUUUAUUCAACGUUAUUCAAAUGAUAAGGUUUUCAAAAAUACUACUAAUUUUAUUGCAAGACAUAUUUGUUUACCAAUUGCGUUAGUUUUAGAGUCAAUUGUUGUUUUAGUUUAUUGGCCACUAAAAAUAUUUUUUUACUAUUUAAUUUAUCAAGGGGCCAAUGAUAAUUCACGUACUCCAAUCCCAUUAUCAGUAGAUUUUGCAAUUCAUUUAUUUCCAAUCAUUUUCUUACUAAGUGAUCAUUAUUUAUCUGGUUACGGAGAAUAUUUUUCAAUCUCUAAGAUCAAGGCAUUCAUUCUUGUAACAAUAUUAGGAUUCAGUUAUAACAGAUGGUUAUACUAUUUAAUCGAUCUAAAUGGAGGUGGUGCUUUCCCAUAUCCAUUUUUAAGUGUCCCAGAACCGUUUAGAACCAUCAUUUUUAUAUCAAUUACAACCGUCGGUUGGCUAUUUUACGUCCUAUAUCAAAAGUUUCCUCCAUCAUCUCGUUUAACCUCCCACAAGAAAAUUAAUUAA